UUGUGGUUUUCUGUCCGGCGCCAUUUUGAUGGACGUGUUGUGAGCGCAUUUGCGUAUCGUCUGCUCCCUCGUCAAAUAUUUUUUUCACUAAAAGCAUUUUAAACGCGAGUACACCUACCCUCGAGAGUAACGUGGUUGUUGGGGGACUUUGAAAGAAAUGGCCACGGGAGCAAAUGCAACCCCUUUGGGGAAGUUGCACCCCAGCAUUGGCGCUAAACGAGGAUUUGACGCCGGGCCUGGCUCGGGCAACGGCUUGAUGCCAACACCGGGGCCGCCAGCAUCCUUCCCUGCACUUCAAGCUUUCCAGCCUGCGAUGCCAAACGUAGCUUUUCCGCAAUUCAGCCCAGUGACGGGUGUUUCCGCCCCGUCUCCUCAGCCACCGGUGGUGGUUGGCGGACUAGGGAAACCUGAUUUUGGUCAGAAGAAAUCGAGAAAGAAGAGCCGCUGGAGCAGCGAGACGCCUGACCAGAAGACGGUCAUCCCGGGAAUGCCCACAGUUAUUCCUCCUGGAUUGACCCGGGACCAGGAAAGAGCCUAUAUAGUCCAACUGCAGAUUGAAGACCUGACUCGUAAACUGCGUACAGGAGACCUGGGAAUCCCUGUUAACCCUGAGGACAGGUCCCCCUCUCCAGAGCCAAUCUACAACAGCGAGGGCAAGAGGUUAAACACCCGAGAGUACCGCACACGGAAGAAGAUCGAGGAGGAGCGUCACUCCCUCAUCACUGAGAUGGUCGGACUCAACCCUGAAUUCAAGCCUCCUGCAGACUAUAAACCACCUGCCACCAGAGUCAACGACAAAGUGAUGAUUCCCCAAGAUGAAUACCCUGAAAUCAACUUUGUUGGUCUUCUAAUUGGACCACGUGGUAAUACACUGAAGAACAUUGAGAAAGAGUGCUGUGCUAAGAUCAUGAUCCGUGGUAAAGGUUCUGUGAAGGAGGGCAAGGUUGGCCGAAAGGAUGGGCAGAUGCUCCCAGGGGAAGAUGAGCCUCUGCACGCCCUGGUCACUGCCAACACAAUGGAGAACGUCAAGAAAGCUGUGGAGCAGAUCCGCAACAUCCUGAAACAAGGCAUUGAGACACCCGAGGAUCAGAAUGACCUACGGAAGAUGCAGCUGAGGGAACUGGCCAGACUUAAUGGCACACUGAGGGAAGAUGACAACAGGAUCCUUCGUCCUUGGCAAAACUCUGAGCCACGCAGCAUCACUAACACCACCCUGUGCACCAAGUGUGGUGGAGCCGGUCACAUCUCCUCUGACUGCAAGUACACAAGCACAUUUGCAGCCCACAGAACAACAGGAGGAGAACCUCCUCAGUCGGCACAGGACAAAGCUCGCAUGGAUAAGGAGUACCUGUCACUCAUGGCUGAGCUGGGGGAGGCUCCAGUCCCUACGUCUGGUGGAGGACACAGUAGCCAGGGAGGAGGCCCCCGUGCCUCGGGCCCCAACAGUAACCAGUCACCUCUGAACCGGCCUCCCUGGAUGAGCUCUGGCCAUAAUGAGAACAGGAACUACCAUAGCGUGCAAGCAGGGCCUGGUGGUCACGGUGCACCCCACAGCUUCCCUCCGCCAAUGCCCAGCAUGGGAGGCCCCCCGAUGCCCCCCAACCCCAAUGGCCUUCCUCCACCCUGGAUGCAGCCACCUCCUCCCCCCAUGAGCCAGGCUCCAGGACCUCAUGGACACCCGAUGGGUCUGUUGCCUCCGCCGAUGAGUAUGAUGCCCCCUCCGCCUCCUCCCCCCAGCAGUCAGCCACCUCCCCCUCCGUCUGGCCCUCUGCCGCCAUGGCAACAACAGGCUCCUCCUCCCCCUCCAACCAGCAGUAUGGCAACCAGUACACCACUGCCAUGGCAACAAAAUACCACCACCACGUCCAGCCCUGCCACCGCCACCCUGCCUCCAUGGCAGCAGCCCCAGCAGCCUGCAGCCUCCGGGGCCCAGCCCCCACCACCCAUGGGUACCCCAUCCAUGGUGCCGCCUCCUCCCGGUGUCCAGCCCCCACUGCCCCCCGGAGCUCCUCCCCCUCCACCACCACCUCCCCCGGGCUCAACGGGCAUGAUGUACGCACCGCCACCACCCCCGCCACCAAUGGACCCCUCCAAUUUUGUCACCAUGAUGGGGAUGGGGGUGCCAGGCAUGCCCCCCUUUGCCAUGCCCCCUGCCCCACCACCCCCUCCACCCCAGAGUUAAGCCUGCCAGAGAAGAGCUCCACCCUCUCACAUGAGUUUCAACGCUGCAGCCCACAUUCUUCUCUUCUAUCCAAUAAACUGAUGAUGUUAUAUAGAGCGUCUGUUUGCUCACAGAAAAGAAUAUAACCAGUGCUUUAUUUUUUAUUGAUCCUUGAUAUUGUGGAGACAUCUCUGAUGAAUCAUUCAAAGGAUGUGUUAGUUGAAUUUGUAAACUUGUGUAACUUAGUUAUUUUUUCCUGUUUUUAAAAUUUAGAUUAAUACAAAGCUUCUUGUUCAGACAGACGUCGCCCCCUGGUGUCCUGCAGUGCUGCAAUACUCCUGUCAUGCUUCUUGGUUACCAAAUAAAUGGCUCGAAUGACCAAGCACAAAUUCAGUUUGUGCUCACAUCUGGAAACACAACUUUGAUUGGAUUUAAACUGUUGAAUUUCAGUUUGCAUGAUUGAUUUUAAGCAGCAUCUAAACUCCUAUCUUGUUCACUAUGUCGGCUUUUGAGUUGAUCAGAUUAAUAUUUUUGUAUUAAUGAGAUGUGAAGUGUAUCUUAGUUCUGUCAGAAAAAAAACCUCUCUGUAGUUCUGUCUCAGAUAAUUUUCCAGAAAUUCCCAGGGUUUUAAAUCUGUUUUCUUUUUAUUUUCAUGCUGACACUGAGUUUGAAAAGGGGUGGUUGGUGCUGCUGUGUGUGAGCCUCUGAUCCCCUGCACUACUUGAAUGCUGGGAGCCUGAUAUCCUUGUUUUCCCUGCAUCUCUCUCUCUCUCUCUUUGCUAUGACAAGAUGUGUGCAAUGUUUGUGCUGCUUCUGCAAAGACGAAAGAAUCUUGUUUUUGUCCCUUGAGUUAUCGCAGAAGAAAAUGUCAAGUUUUUUUCCUCGUGUUUCUGGAAUCAGUUUGUUGUGUUAUGGCACUAGCCUGAAUGAAUAGCUGUUGAAAUCUUGCUUGGUUUAGAAUUAAACUGAUACAUUUCA